AUUUUGACAAUUGUUACUGUCACAUAAUUUAUUCUAUAUUUCAAAUCAAACCAAAAAUACCUAAAAAUGAGUAAACUAUUGCAGUUAGAACAUUGCUUAGUAAAUCCUGUAUUCUACGCGGGUCUUUUCCAUGUGGUUCUGGAAAUUAUAAAUAUUUUGCAGGCAUCUUCUGCCAUUGCAUUGCAUAGAAAAUGUCAAAACGUAACAAAUUUUUACCAUAAAGAUCAAUUGUACUAUAGCAUUCUUGAAUACCGUAAUGAAGAAAACCAAAGUUCUUAUUAUCUGGAUAAUGCAAUUUUCAUGCCACGGCGCGAUAUUGUUGACCAAAAUUACAACAAUUUCAUGUACUCAAUGAUCUGGUGGCUAAUAUUAAAUAAUAUAUUGAUGUUUGCAUCGGGUUUACUUCUUUUCAGCAUAUUCGUGAGACAAAAAUCUAUCCUGGAAUUUUGUAUGAUUCUCCCAUGGGUUAUCAUUAUCGUUGUGGUGAUUAUGAUGGAUUGGUACAUUUUAAUAAAUUGGCUCUACAUUUACAGUGAUCAUAGAAGCAACACGUAUUACGGACAAUUCUUCGGCGGGCAUGAUUUGCAAACAGAAGCGGUAAUUAAAGAAAGACACGGAAUUGAAAUUCUGCAUAAUAUUGGACGUAAUAAACUAGGGAUGUUAUCACAUCGCAGUAUUUGCCACUGCAUUAGUUUGGCUUGCCUUGUUACGGUUUUGUAUUAUCAUGGUAAAUCUUUGCCGAAAGCAAAGCCAAGGUUCAAGACACGGGCAAGUACUCAAAGUUUUGCUCAAAGCCGUGUAUAAUUUUGUUAUGUGUUUAGUGACAUUGUCAUUGCACAUUGUCAGUUUUUUGUGUAAAUAAAAAUGAUCAAACCACCAAAAGUUAGAAGAUCACCCGUUUUGUGUAAUUUUCCAUCUGUUUUCAUCUCAGGCUUGAUUACUUUUGUAAGUUUAAAUCUAAAUUUACUGUUUUUGAACAAAAAGAAUCAAAUAAAUUGUUGUAUAUGUAUUAAA